AAGCCCUGCUCUAACUCAUCCUGCAAAUCAUUUCCGCACAACAGCAUCAUCCACCGUGAAACUGAAGACGGUCCACUGACUCGCCCAUUUUCUUGAGUCUUGGUCUCUUCUGAGGAACCUUUUUUACUGGGGAUUGUGUGAUGAUGAUCAUGGCUUACAUUACUUUGAAUUUUGGUGCAACUGUUACUCGUUUUAUCUAGGUGAUAUGUUUAUGUAGUGCCUACAUAUACCUCAAAUGGCACAUCAGAAACUUAUAAAUGCAUUCAAGAUAUCCAAUAAUACCACAAUGGCUACUUCAAUAUCAAGGCAAGAAAUUGCAGGAAAGGUCACAAACAUCCUUAUCAAAUCAGGACUAAAACCGCUUGAAACGAAACCAUUUCUGCUUUCCAAUCUUGAUUCUUGCACAACAAGUCUUGUUCUCUCAGACCCAACUCUCUCAACUUAUUCUUGCUUGCUUUUCUUCAAGUUUCUUCGAACCAACCAGUCGCUCGUUUGUCAUAAACCUGAUAUCCGAGCCCAUGUAAUCGUUAUAUCUAGGCUGUUUAAAGCUAGAAAAUUUGCAGAAAUGAAGAAUGUUUUGACAUGCUUUGCAAUGGAUAGAAAUGUUCAAUGCCCGGUUUCGGACUUCAUUGUUUUGGUUGAUAAAAGAUUUGAUGAACCCAACUUUGUUGAAAAGCUGUGUGAUAUGUUGUUUAGAGUUUAUGCUGAUUGUAGGAUGUUUGAUGAGAGUUUAAAAGUGUUUGAUUAUAUGGUGCAUAAUGGGUUAAAGAUUGAUGAUAGGUCAUGUAUAGUGUAUUUGCUUGCUUUGAAGAGAAGUGAUAAAAUGGUGAUAUGUUUGGAUUUCUUUAAAAAAAUGGUUGAGUUCCACGUGAAUGUUACUGUUUAUUCUAUGACCAUUGUGAUUGAUGGAUUGUGUAAGAAAGGGAGGGUUGAAAAGGCUAAGGAUUUGAUGCUUGAAAUGGCUGGUAAAGGGAUUAAACCAAAUGUCAUCACGUGUAAUACUCUUAUUAAUGCUUAUAUUAAGAGAAUGGAUUUUGAAGGUGUUAAUGAGAUGUUGAGGUUAAUGGAGAUGGAUAGAAUUGCAUAUAAUGUGGCUACUUAUGCACUAUUGAUUGAAUGGUAUGGAGCUUCCGGCAAGAUUGUUGAAGCUGAGAAAGUGUUCAAGGAAAUGCAUGAGAAAGGUGUAGAAGCGGAUAUUUAUGUGUAUACGUCGAUUAUUAGUUGGCAUUGUAAGCUGGGGAAUAUGAAAAGAGCAUUUGAGUUAUUUGAUGAGUCGACGGAGAGAGGGUCCGUUCCCAAUAUUUGUACUUAUGGUGCUUUGAUUGAAGGCACAUGUAAAUCUGGACAGAUGGACGCCGCUGAGAUGUUAAUGAAUGAAAUGCAAAGCCAUGGGUUUGAUGUGAAUCAAAUGAUAUUUAAUAUGCUUAUAUACGGAUAUUGCAAAAGAGGAAUGAUAGAUGAAGCUUUAAGGAUAAAAGAUGUAAUGGAGAUGAAGGGAUUUGAGAGUGAUAUAUUUACUUAUAACACCAUUGCAAGUGGGUUGUGUAAAUUGAAUAGGCACGAGGAAGCAAAGAGGUGGUUAUUCACAAUGGUAGAGAAAGGUAUGGAUCCUAAUGUUGUGAGUCUUACUACUUUGAUUGACAUACAAUGUAAAGAAGGGAACUUGGUAGAAGCAGAGUGGCUGUUUCGGGACAUGAAGAAAAAGGGAGGGAAGCCGAAUAUUGUGACAUACAAUGCUUUAUUAGAUGGCUUUUGCAAGAAAGGAAAGUUGCAGGAAGCCUACAGACUAAAAGAAGAACUGGAAACUCGUGGAAUAAUCUCGGAUAUCUAUACAUACACAAUUCUUAUGCAUGGGGAAUGUGUUUUUGGGAAGGUAGAAGAGGCGUUGAAUCUGCUUAAUGAAGUACGUCGGAAGGGCUUGACCAUUAGUGUAGUAACUUAUACAGCAAUCAUAUCUGGUUUGUCCAAAGAAGGAAGAUCUGAAGAAGCUUUUAGAUUGUAUGAUGAGAUGAUGGAAGCAGGCCUUACCCCUGAUGACAGAUUAUAUGCUUCUCUUGUGGCCAACCUUCAUAAAAUGUAGCUUUAUACCAUUGCCGAGGAAAUUUAGCAAUCUUGCUUCGACCGUUUAACAAACGGUAAAUGAAGAAGGAUCUGGUUCAGCUGAUUUCUUUUAAACACGAGGAAAGUUGAGUGAAUGUGCUUUCUGAAAUACCUUAGUUGAAGAAGUAGAUAUUCUUACUUCCAGAAAGUCAGGGAACUUGAUGUUCAGUUGUCUAAAGAGAAAGAGGAAUGUAGUAGGUCGCUAGGUCGACGUUGAAAGUUGGGAGAUCAUCUCUACUCUGGCAUCACUACAGCUGACGAGCAUGUAAAAUGUCGGUGAUGAAGAGUCUCCCAGAUACCAUGGUAUCAGCCCGAGGAAUGAGGUUCAAAAGGCGAAAGAUGAUAAUGCAGAUGAACUUAAAAGAGCUUCAUUCUUAUUUGAUUGUGCAGAUUAAAGGCUCAGGUUUGGGAGAUAUCAUGUAGCACCAUCAACUAUCAAACUUGUGAUUCUCAUAUCGAAUUACAAUGUCCCGAGGUUCAUUAAUGCCUGCAUAGACUAGGCUGAUUUAUUUGAAAUUAAUUUGGAUAUUAACAAGUAAACAGUUAGGUUUUUGAGUUUGGUUAAUUAAAUCCGUAAAAAAAUCAAACUUCUAAAUGAUGUCGUUUUGAUUUAUGUACAUAUAUAAUUAAACUGAAGAAAAUUAUAGAUUUUGAUUAAUCAAAUUGAAAUCUCGUAUAAAUAUUUGGUAAUAGCUGAUUUUUAUGACGAUUUGUGUACAACUGAUUCGAAUUUCAUAUAAAUAUUUCUUGAUUUUGGAGUGACUGGUUAAUAA